AUGAGCGGUAACACUAGACCGAAGAAAAAGCGAAGAGGAGGAACUCGAAGCAGAACAGGACACGAAGAACCCAACUAUGAUGCCCCGUCCCUUGUUGAUGUCUUUAGACUACGCAUGAAUGAUCUGGAUCUUCCCGAGGAUUCAUCGUCAGGACAGACUUACAUACCGGUGAAUAGUAUCUCACCAUUGGAAUCGGAAUCCACAGGAGCAGGCAGUCAAAAAAGGAAGAUACGAUUGAACCCAGAAAGCGCUUUUCUCCUACAAACAUACGUGCGGACAGUCGCUACCUGGAUGGACAUCUUCGAUCAUGGGACUCAGCGAUCAGAGGACUAUCGACGACACUUCUUGGGUUUGACGGUACUUAUUAAAUCCCGACAUGUCACUGCACAGUCAAAUGGAACCGAUGUGGCCAACUUCUGGAUUUACAUCAGACAUCAAAUUGUGGUAGCAAUGGCAAGCGAGCAGCCACUAAUAUUAGACCCUGCAGAAUGGGAAGUAUCCUGGAAAGAGGGCGAGAUAAGAGAAGAUGUACUUGGAAAUCAUGUCCUGUGGAUAUUAGCAAGGGUCAUCAACCUCGUUUUUGGACCUGAUGGCCUGACAGAAGCCGGGAAAGAGCAGCGCCAGGGUUUCUUGACUGAGAUUGAAAUUUGGCGAAAGGGACUUUCUGACACCUUUGUUGGUAUUCCGUACGGAGAUAAAGAUAAGGACGGCUUUUGCAAAGUUUACUUCCCCGUCGCGGCCGCUGCUGCUGCAGCCUUCUGUACGCACAUCCACGUUUACCUCUACAUAACACAAGCUGAAGUCACAAGGCCAGUGCUCCAAGAUGAAGCAUAUAUCCCCUUGAUCCAAGAUCAAGCCAUGCAGAUCACUAAUAUAGCAAUCUCUGAUUUCCCACCGUCACUAAUGGUCUUUUCGACGCAUGGCCUAUUUUAUGCCGCAAAACACAUCCAUGGAAUUUCUCGCAAAGCACGCAUCUGGAAUAUCUUGAAUGAAGUUGAGAGGCAAACCGGCUACAACACAGGAACGACAGUGAAGCUUCUCCAAACACUGGUCGAGCAAGAUGCUCAGCAUCGAUAA